CUCCAAAUGCACACAUGCUCUGUCAUGCACUCACUACCACAUGGGAGGAUACACACGCAGUCACACACAUUUAAUCCCUGUUCAGACAUUUACACACAAACCACACAGAAACCUUCACUGUCAAGCAAGCAUCGACACAAGCAUGGCAACAUGUCAACCAGCUGUGUCCAAACUCUGAUGUAAUUUUUUUUGUCUAGUAGUGAAAUAAUAUGAUUCAGGACAAAACAGAAUUAAAACAAACCUUAACCAUGAGAGAACUGUUUUAUUUCAUGAUCUGGAGGAUUUUGAGUUUUGAGUUUAGUUUUUUCUGAGUUCUGCUUUAAGUUAAUCCUGUGGUUUACGUUAUUUAUUUGUUACUUUUGAUGGGGUUUUUUUGUUUUUUUUCCCCUCAGUCAUAAAAAUGCUCUCAAAAUGUCAUCCCUUUCUGGUAAUUAGACUCUAAUUUCUCAUUGGGAUCCUGCCUGUCGUACCUCUGAAAUGAUUGGCAACCAGAUUACAUUUUGACAUCAAUUUAUGUGAACCAAAUGAAUUGUGAUGAAGAUGAGUAGUUUAAUUCCAUUGAUCUUACUAAUGUUACUAAUGUGUACUAAAAAGGUUGAAAAGUAUUUAUGGUGUUUUAAUAUUUAAUGCAUUGCUUUCUGAGAUAUUUUAGCGUACUUCAUGUUGUAAGAAAAGCUGCUAUUUAUGAAUUUCAUGAUUCUACAGAUGUGCUAGUACAUCUGGGUGUGAGUGAUGAAACUAAAAAAAACCCAAAUGGUUAAUGACAACAAAGGUUUUAUUUAGCAGACCAACUGUUAGUUGCAAAUCAGGUGUGGAAAUUCUAGGUCUGUCAGGCCACUAGAGGCCUGUUCAUUAAUUGCUCUCUGAAGAAUAGGUAGCAUUUAUUUUGUGCUUUUGUGCUCUGGAACCAAUCUGCCUAAAACUUGGAUGUUUUAUUUUGUCAAUUUAACUUGACCUUGUCUCAGCUACUCAUUUGUUUUCACUUUACUUUUUAAAAUAUCUUUCUUUUUCAAGUAUGCUUACAUUUUUUCAUUACUCUCUUAAUAUUUUUUUUGUAUGUGAAUUUAAUAUAGGCCUAACUAUAACAAGUGCACUUCAGCACCGUGACCAGCAGUCCCCUGUCUGAACAAAAACACAGAUGCCAAUCCUAUAGUCAGCACAUUUACCGUCCCAGGGCUCAAAGGCUUAGCAGCAAACAUGAAAGAAAAACUAAAAAAAAUAAUGUGGCAUAAAAAAAGCCAUAAAAAUUAUAUACAUAAUAGCUGUUGAAAGUGGCAGGAGGUUAAGUUCAACAAUGGAAAAAUGUGGUUCAAAACCUAAAAGUAGACGGUUCAGUGUGCGUUUUUGUGUCACCAACUUUCUGCUGAUGGCAGUGACUGUCCUCAGCCCCCAACAAUGGGGCUGCACAAUAAAAACCCUGCUGCUGACUGAGCACAGAUCACCAAUGGAUUAACAAAGUGACCUUUGACCCAUCACCGUCCUCCCAGCAGCUCUGAGCCAAUGAGAUGUCAGAAUCUGGCCUUUAUAGAUUCGCUCUGGAGGUGAAUGUCUAUAUAUAUAUAUCUCCACUCAAAAGGCCUCCGUCCAUCACUGUCUUCAAAGAUUGGUCCAUUCCAGCCUUCAGCUGUGACUAUUUCAUCAUGUCUCACUCAGGUGUUCAGGGCAGCAUUGGCAGUCACCCUGCCAUUGGCCUGCGCAAUCACAAGAUAUAUCUCUAUGAAUAUGAAAACUUCCAAGGCCGCAGGAUGGACCUGUUUGGAGAGUGCCUUAAUCUGUGUGAGAAGGGUUUCGACAGAAUUGGCUCCAUCAGGGUGGAGUGUGGACCCUGGGUUGGCUAUGAGCAGCAGAACAUGACUGGUGAGAUGUUCAUGCUCGAGAAGGGCGAGUACCCCCGCUGGGAUACCUGGUCCAACAGCUACCGGUGUGACCGCAUGAUGUCAGUCAGGCCCGUUCGAAUGGAUCCACAAGACCACAAGAUUUGUCUGUAUGAAUGUGCAAACUUUGAAGGCCGUAAGAUGGAAGUGUGUGAUGAGGAUAUUCCAAGCUUGUGGUCCUAUGGUUUCCAGGAUCGUGUCGCCAGCAUUCAGGUCACCGGUGGAACGUGGGUGGGUUACCAGUAUCCUGGCUACCGUGGCUACCAGUACGUGUUAGAACUGGGACCUUUCAAGCACUGGAACGAUUGGGGAGCCCACCACCCCCAGAUCCAGUCCAUCCGCAGGGUGAGAGACAUGCAGACGCACCGCCGGGGCUGCUUUGAGGUGACCGCAUAGAAGAGUGAGACGGACUGGAAGAAAUGCAGCGACAGCUGAGAUCUGUCUGUGGAGGUUCUUCUAAAGGACAAUUAGACAUGUUUUGUUUCUUUUAUUAUGCUCAAUGAAACAAUUGAAAGUAUGAAGGUCAGUGAAUCACUCUGUGAGAAAACCCCCAGAAGGAACACUCACCCAUAAGACAGCAAAAAUUUAAAAAAAUAUUUUGUUCUGGGUCUGAAUUGGGGUUGAUAGGGUAUUAAUAGCUUGUGUUAAAAGGUCUUUUUUUUUUUGCAUUAAAAUUACUUGAUUAUAAUUUUUACCUGCUUGCUUAUGCUAUCCAAGCUGAAAUGAUGCCAAUGAUGCCUGUUCAGCAGGGUACUACCCCCUCUCCGAAGAUCCAUCAAAUAAAAGGUUAAUCACAGAACACUACCAUGGACAUCUCUCAGAUCCGCACUGCAGUAAGUUUGCAAGGCAGGGGGAAGCACUAUCUCCUCAUCUCCAUGAAUUAACCAGAGUGUCUCACAGUCAGAGGACGGUAAGAAGAAAGCUGUGCAGGGUUGUGAUUGCUUGGAACUAAAACUUUUUUCCAGCUUGUUUCUGCCCACAUGGAUGGGGCCGUUCCAAAGUUUUGCAUUUUACAUUUUCUCAGGGAUGCUGGCAUCUGAAAACUUUCCAAUGGAAACCAAAUAAAUAUCUUGAAACUA